AUGGAUUGCUGUGACACGGGACACACCACCGUGCAUCAUGAGAAGUGGGUCAACGCAGGUUAUGGAAGGGGCGCAUACGAAUCGGUCACCGACGUGGUCUACGUGGGUGAGGGCAAGGGCAGCAUAGAGAAGCGCGAGGCCGUCGUGGGCCAGUCUUUCAGAUUCCGCCCUGCCUGGUGCGUCUUUGUGAGCCUCCUCCUGCUGCUCUCCGUGGGCCUUUGGAUCAUUUGGUGGUUUUAUGGUACCCGCGAUGCUGGAUUUAGCGACACCAUUGUGACGCCGGUCUACGCUCCUUUGCCCACUCCUGAACCGCAGGAGAUCAUCAUUAGGCAUCACAUCGUCACCAGCACCCGCAACAAGUACAUCCGGCAGCCCGUGCCCGGUGCACCGCACGUAGUCAUUCAUCAUGUAUAUGAGCCCCAUGCUCACUACUCUUGCGGCGACAGGGAGCAUUGGCGAGCUUGGUCCUCGCACCACAAGCGCUGGUGCUGCUGGCAGGAAGACUUUGCCUGCCCCGUGAAGGUGAUCAAGAAGGACAAGUACAUCCCGGUGACGCAUCAUCACGCAGUGGCGGUGCCAAUGUACUACAAGGUAAAGGUGCCGGGCAAGAAGCCGCACCCGGUGUACGUGAAGGUGAAGGUGCCCGCGCCCGCGCAGCCCCCGAAGCUGGUGAAGUUCCCGGUGCCGGUGCCGGGGGCCAAGCCGCCGCCGCACAUCCACUACAAGUACGUGCCGGAUCCCGUGGAGGUGAAAGUUCCGCACAUCGUGUACGACAAGAAGGAGGUGGACAUGCCGGUCACCGUGAAGAAGUAUGUGCCGAGGCAUGUGACGGAAGCCCCGGAGACCAUCUACAAGACUCGGAAGGUCUACAUUCAUGACAAGGACUAUGACUGUGUUGAAGGCUACCAUGAUUGGAAGCACCUGUGGAACGACGACAAGCGUCGCUUCUGCUGUUGGAAAGCCAAUCGUGGAUGUCCGCAAACCAAGUACCACACGAGGACCAAAAUUGUCACAAGGACGAAGUAUGUUGACGUUCCCGUGCCAUCACCUCCCAAGAUCGUGGUGCAGCAUCAUUACAUCAAGCACAAGGAGAAACCUCAGACGCACUUCGACUGCAAUGAAGGCUUCUCCAACUGGUACUUUGGCUGGUCUCCUCUCAAGAAGGAGUUUUGCUGCGCCCACGAGAAUCGCGGCUGUCCGGGCACAUGGAAGGGCAAGCUGCAUAUCUCGAUGAUGGAGGCCCAUGGAGGUGGUCACGCCCACGCGAAAGGGGAGGGCCAUGCCUCCGGCAAGAUCUACGACUGCCACGCGGGGUUCUCCAACUGGCUGCAUGGAUGGUCCGAUUCCAAGAAGACUUGGUGCUGCAGCCGAGAGCAGAAGGGAUGUGUGAAGUUCGAGUGCUUCGAUGGGGAUCAAACGCAGUGGCACUCGGAGAAGCAGUCCUGGUGCUGUUCCAACUUUCAGAGGGGUUGCCCACACACCACGCUUUCGCCUUUGGGAUGCAGGACGCCCUGCACCCAUUCGGGGAACACAGCACUGUGCAUGGACCGUAUCAAGUGGACCUCCGAUCAUAUCUUCUCCAGCCACCCGAAUGCUUGCGCACUGGCCUAUAGCAAGGUGCAGGUUGAGUGUGACGUGUGCCGUGCAUGCAGCAUCGAAGCAGCUGGGUGCGACAUGGGCCACGUGGGCACUUCCAAGCCAUUUGACUGCAACGCCGCCCUCAACAACUUCUUCAGGGCGUGGUCACCGCCGAAGAAGCACUGGUGCUGCACCACCGAGGGCAAGGGCUGCGAGGGCUCGGGGCCGCCCAGCGUUGACCCCGGCGCCGGCAUGGUGUGGAAGCACAUGCAGGUGAAUGGCUACUGGACCUGGAUGGCGGUGGCCGUAAGUGGAGGCGGAGGAGGAGGAGGAGGGGUGGUGAGCCUGCCGUACGACUGCCACGCCGGCUUGGCCAAUUGGCACCUGGGGUGGUCGUCCCCCAAGAAGACCUGGUGCUGCGCCAAGCAGCACCUGGGAUGCGAGGCCGGCGCCGGCGGCACCGGCGGCGGUGGCGCCUUCGGCGGCGGCGCCUCCGGCGGCGGCGCCUUCGGCGGCGCCGGCGGCGGCGGGCACCCGCCGGGAGCCGCGGGCGCGGGCAUGGUGUGGAAGUGGCAGAGCGACGCGGGGCAUUGGCACUGGAUCCAGGUCCACUUCAAUGGCAAGCUCCCCUACGACUGCCGCGCGGGUCUGCCCAACUUCAAAAUUGGCUGGUCUCAGCCAAAGAAGGACUGGUGCUGCCCCAACACGGGCUUGGGCUGCAUGUAG